AAUGAUAUUUUUUGGUUGUGUUGAGUGGCCCCCCUGCUUCGGUGUUCCUAGGAUUCUCCGGCGUUCUAGCAUUUGUAUGCUGUUCCUCGUGCGGUGAAGGUGAAAUAGUAUCGUGACUCGUGAGUGACACUGAGUGGUCUUUGUAUAGUUUAAAUGUCACAUUUUACAAUGUUCUUUUAAUUGAGUGAAACAUAUAACAGUACAUAUAUAAUGCUUUAAAACCAUUUGUAAGAUACGAAUAAUGUGCAGCAGUCUAGGUGUGCUUCAUUAGAAGAAGACAUGUUCUGCAGUAAUCAACAUGUAAUGGAUGUAAAGAAGAAAAACACUGAAAGGACAUGGCUGACAAGGACAGCUCUUGCUCCCGAAAGUCGUUCUUCGUGUUUGCCCUUCUCGCUGGCCACGGGGGCCGAUACUCUGCACCCACGAUGCUAGGGAGCCCCUCGCCGUAUUCAUGGCAAUUGCAGACGGAUGCGCCCCCAGGGACGAGUAUCUACAAACGAAUUCUUCACCGACGGGCCCUUGGGCAGCAAGGGCGCCAUGGCCGUGUACGUGGAGGGCGUGGUGGGCAUCCUGGUGUUCUACGUGGCGGUGCUGGGCGUGGGCAUCUGGGCAGGCACCAAGCAGAAGAACAGCGGCGAGGAGGAGGUGAUGCUGGCGGGCCGCAGCCUCGGCCUCACGGUCGGCGUGCUGACAAUGAUAGCCACGUGGGUUGGAGGUGGCUAUAUCAACGGCACUGCAGAGGCCUUGUUUUCGUCGGGUCUGCUGUGGUGCCAAGUGCCGAUAGGCUACAGUCUCAGUUACCUCUUCGGGGUGCUGCUGUUCGUGAAGCAGAUGCGGCGCGCGGAGUACGUGACGAUGCUGGACCCGUUCCAGCGCAAGUACGGCAGCCGCGUCGGAGGCCUCAUGUUUGUGCCAGCCGUGUGCGGUGACCUUUGUUGGGUGGGCGCCAUCUUCAACGCCCUGGGUUCGUCGCUUGUAGUGAUCCUGGACUUGGACGCGACAUCGUCGGUGAUCGUGAGCGCUAUUUUCGCCGCCUCGUACACCAUGGUGGGCGGCCUCUACAGCGUCAUCUACACCGACGUCCUGCAGCUCGGUUGCAUCGUCUUCGGGUUGAUCCUGUCGGCGCCGUUCGCCUACAACCACUUGGCCGUCGACCACGAGGCGGUGUGGGAGGUGGACUGGGUGGGCCACAUCGCCCGGAAGGACGUGGGCGAGUGGAUCGACAGCAUGCUGCUGCUCAUCUUCGGAGGCAUUCCUUGCCAGGUAUACUUCCAGCGCAUCCUGUCGAUGCGCAGCGUGCGGCAGGCGCAGGUGCUGUCGCUGCUGGCCAUGUUCGGGUGCGUGGCGAUGGCGCUGCCGCCCGCGCUCUUCGGCGUCGUCGCCAAGUCCACCAAAUGGCGCGAGAGGAAAACUGAAUUACGUGCCCAAAAAUAG